AAGCAUAUGUGAUUAAGAUAUAUAGAGAGAGAGAGACAAGCCAGCAAGAAAAAUUGAGUACAAACACACACACACACACAAAAGAAUAACUCCAAAUUUUUAAACAACAGUAAAAGAGAGAGGGGAAAUGAACAAAAUGAGCAAUACAGUGAUAGGAUUCUUGAACAUCCUAACACUAAUCUCCUCUAUAGUUAUAAUAGGAUCAGCUCUAUGGAUGGGUAGGAGCAAGACAACAUGCGAGCAUUUCCUUCAGAAGCCACUUCUGGUUUUAGGCCUAGCAAUCAUGGUCUUGUCACUAGCUGGUCUGAUAGGAGCAUGCUGUGACGUAGCUUGGGUCUUGUGGGUGUACCUCUUCUUCAUGGUCUUCAUCAUAGUUGCGCUCAUGGGUUUGACCCUUUUUGGGUUUAUUGUAACUAACCAUGGUGGUGGUGUGGGUGUGACUGGUAGAGUUUAUAAAGAGUUUAAGCUUGAAGAGUAUCAUCCAUGGCUUAAAACAAGGGUAAUGGAUGCUAAUUAUUGGUUGACUAUAAAGACUUGUCUCUUGGGCUCACUCACUUGCUCUAAGCUCUCUUUUUGGACUCCUAUUGAUUAUCUCCAAAAGGACUUGACUCCUCUUCAGUCUGGCUGCUGCAAACCACCAACAUCGUGCGUAUACAACACGGAGACGCCAAUACAGCAAGAAUCCGAUUGUUACCGGUGGAACAACGCUGCGACGGUGCUCUGCUACGACUGUGACUCGUGCAGAGCUGGCGUUUUAGAGACAGUGCGGCGUGAUUGGCAUAAACUCUCUAUAGUUAACGUAGUCAUUGUUGUCUUCCUCAUCGCCAUUUACUGCGUUGGUUGCUGCGCGUUUAAAAACGCCAAACGCCCUCAACAUUACGGUUUUCCUUAUGGACGUUACGGCAUGUCCAAGUCUCGACCCGGAUGGGAUCAGUCUUGGGCGAGGUGGUGGCGCGGUGGAGAUCGGUAUUAGUGAAAAAUUAUGUAAUGUAUUUUCGAGUUAGUGACUCAACUUAAGUCUUGGCCUCUUAAUUAUAAAUACAUAUUGUACAAGAGAGCCUAAUUUUCAUUUAUGAUGUUGAAAAAAAUUAGAUUAACAAAGAGAUGGUAGCAACGAAACAUA